GGAUACAACUACAAGUUCAUAACCUGUAAAAUGAAGUUCGCUCUGGCUUUAUUGGCUCUGACCGCGGUCACAUCCGCGAGGAACAUCAACUUCGAAGAUGUCAUCGAUCUCGAGGACAACACUGCGUACGGUUACUUAACUAAAAUCGGUCAGCCUUCUUUGGAAAGGAUACGUAAAGCUGAGGAGGAGGAAGAUGUUCAAUCCAGAAUCGUCGGUGGUUCUGCAUCAUCGCUAGGACAGUUUCCUUACCAGGCUGGACUUCUCGCCAGCUUCGGAGGCGGCCAGGGCGUCUGUGGUGGUUCUUUGCUCAACAACAGGCGUGUUCUCACCGCCGCCCAUUGCUGGUUUGAUGGCCAAAAUCAGGCUUCAGCGUUCACAGUGGUCCUUGGAUCCGUCCGUCUGUUCUCUGGUGGCACCAGGCUGGCUACUAGUAGCGUAGUCAUGCACGGAAGCUGGAACCCGAAUCUUAUUCGCAACGACAUUGCAAUUAUCAACUUGCCGAGCAACGUAGGCUUUAACAAUAACAUUCGUCCUAUUGCUCUGCCAUCUGGUUCCCAGCUAAACGAGAACUUCGCUGGUAGCACUGCCACUGCAUCUGGAUUUGGUCUUACCAGCGACGGCGGUAGUAUUUCUAGCAACCAGUUCCUGAGCCACGUUCAGGUUCAAGUGAUCACCAACAAUGUGUGCCGCAACUCUUUCCCUCUGAUUAUCCAGUCUUCCAACAUUUGCAUUAGCGGCGCCAACGGCAGAAGCACUUGCCAAGGUGACUCCGGUGGCCCCCUCGUUAUUACUAGAAACAACGCGCCCCUUUUGAUUGGUGUCACUUCCUUCGGAUCUGCCCGUGGAUGCCAGAUUGGUUCCCCUGCUGCCUUCGCAAGAGUCACCUCAUUCGUCUCCUGGAUCAACAGCCGCCUUUUCAGUAUCUGUAAAAUGAAAUUGGCUCUGGCUUUAUUGGCUCUGACUGCGGUCACAUCCGCGAGGAACAUCAACCUCGAAGAUGUCAUCGAUCUCGAAGACAUCACUGCGUACGGUUACUUGACUAAAAUCGGUCAGCCGUUAUUGGAAAGGAUUCGUAAAGCAGAGGAGGAGGAAGAUGUUCAGUCCAGAAUCGUCGGUGGUUCGACAUCAUCCCUAGGACAGUUCCCUUACCAGGCUGGACUUGUGAUCACCUUAGCAUCUGGUCAGGCUGUGUGUGGUGGUUCUUUGCUCAACAACAGGCGUGUGCUUACCGCCGCCCAUUGCUGGUUUGAUGGACGGAACCAGGCCAGACAAUUCACAGUUGUACUUGGAUCCGUCCGCCUGUUCUCUGGUGGCACUAGGCAGACUACUAGUAACGUGGUCAUGCACGGAAGCUGGAACCCCAAUCUCGCUCGCAACGACAUUGCCCUUAUCAACUUGCCGAGCAAUGUAGGCUUUAACAAUAACAUUCGUCCUAUUGCUCUGCCUUCAGGUUCUCAGCUUAAUGAGAACUUUGCCGGAACCAAUGCCGUUGCAUCUGGAUUUGGUUUAACCAGAGACGGUGGCAGCAUUUCCAGCAACCAAGCCCUGAGCCACGUCACACUUCCAGUGAUCACCAACAACGUGUGCCGCAACUCUUUCCCUCUAAUUAUUCAGUCUUCCAAUAUUUGCACCAGCGGCGCCAACGGCAGGAGCACUUGCAGCGGUGACUCUGGUGGUCCCCUCGUUAUUACCAGAAACAACAAUCCUCUUUUGAUUGGUGUGACUUCCUUCGGAUCUGACCGUGGUUGUCAGGUUGGUUCCCCUGCCGCCUAUGCUAGAGUUACCUCGUUCGUCUCCUGGAUCAACAGCCGCCUUUGA